AUGUACCGGAUGAUCAGGGAAGAGCAGAAUCGCCUUGAGCGGACCUUUUGGGCAAAUCGGGACCGGAUAAUUGAGAGUCAAAAGGCCCAAGUCAAAGAGCUUAAAACAAAAGUAGCCAUGACGGGCCCACUCGGCCCAAGAGAAGUCGAGAAACAAAAGGCUCAAUUCGAGGGCGAACUGCGAACGCUCGAAGUGGACGAAUUCUUGCCCGCAUGGGAUCGCCUUCGACGACGACAGCAGAGCACGUUGCAACGAAUGGGCAUACCUUAUAUGCACGAGACGGAAGACGAAGAGGAGCAAAAGAAGCAAAAGAGGCUCAUCAGUGUUUUGGAAGGGUGGCUCGAUUCGGCUCCUCGUCCCUUGACGGCAACAGGCGUUAUCUUUGGAUAUGCCGCACUCAAGCCCGUGCUCGUCCGUCAAGGCGUGUAUAGAGACUUAUGUACCGAUGAUGAGCGCCAAGCGGGCGUAUGGGUCUGCGAAAAGCAGGAUCUCCGAUUGAAUUUCAUGUUCACGCUCAGCGCCGUCAUCACAAACACGAUCGCGUUGCCCGUCGGAAUGCUCAUGGACCGUGCUGGUCCACGAUUCGCGACACUUCUCGGUGCUUUCUUCUUCUUUUGUGGGAAUGCAGUCUUUGGUAUCGGCCUGGAGACAGAACAUAUCGACACAUAUUAUGUCGGGUUCGUUCUCCUGGCACUUGGAGGACCAUUAAUCUUCCUCUCGAGCUUCCACCUCUCCAACGCCUUUCCCAAAAACUCGGGCUUGGUGCUCAGCUUCAUCUCUGGAGCAUUCGACGCGAGCAGUGUUCCGUAUCUCAUCUAUAACGAGGUAUUUCCAAAUGUACCACUACGCACGUUCUUCUGGUCAUAUACGAUCAUUCCAAUCUUGUUGGUCAUAGUACAACUCACCAUCGCACCAAAGAGUUCGUAUGAGCGCGAACAUAUCAAGCAUCGACAUACCGCCGCGGCACCGGGCGCUUCCCGUGCGGAUGAGGAACGUAUAUUAGCGGAUGAGGAUGUCGACUCGCCGGAUACGCUUGUCGGUCAUGAUCACGAUACUGGGGACAGGAUCAUUGGCGUGAUGUUCGGCAAGAGCGCAAAGGAGCAAAUCUUCUCGAGCUGGUGGAUGCUGAUCACAGUCUUCCUCUGCGUGUACAUGACGAGGAUAAACUUUUUCAUCCAGACCGUUGCAUCGCAAAUGUUGUUUUAUCUCCAGCAGCACGACGAUGCCAUCCGCCUCGCUACAACGUUUACGAUUUUGCUACCGUUGGGUGGCGCGAUUGGUAUCACCCCAGUCGGGGUUCUCCUGGAUAGAGGCGGCAUCUUCGUUGCCUCUCUCGUCGUCCUCUUCAUGGGUGUCGUAUUCGGACUGUUCGGUAUCAUGCGCUCCUACGCGGCGCAGCUGGUGGCAAUAGGAUUUCUUGUCUUCUUGAGGCCACUUAUGUAUACCUUCGUGGGUGAUUAUUGUGCCAAAGUUUUCGGUUUUGCUACGUUCGGCACCGUGUAUGGUUUAGCGAACUCACUCUCGGGUAUCUUCGGGCUCGUCCUCCGACCUAUCGACCUCUUACUGAAGUCUAAGCUUCAUGGAGACUAUACCCCACCUAACUUGGUCCUUCUAGCGUGCGGUGUUCUUGCGUCGACCGCGCUCAGCUGGAAAGUUUGGAGUGGCACGCGACGGGUUGCAUUGCAGUAA